AUGGUCCUCAAUCAGUGUGCAAACGUGACGAUGAUAGAAGAAAAGUUGAGCAAGUUGAUGGAAGAAAUCGAAUCUGUGGAAGCUGAUGAGAGCGAAGAUACCAGUGACGACGAAGAAACCAAAACAAACGUGCAUGAGGCUAAUUUUGAUAUGUUAAUGGCGCCUGAAUGGGAUGUGCAUAGCUUCGAAGAGAAAACGAUGAUAAAAGAUUCCAUGGAAGCAUCUUCUUCAGUGGUGGUUAGUUCGUGCCUGAAAAAGCGUAAAGCCGAGUUCGACCCGGAGGAUGAGGAAGAAAGCAAUGGUGAGAAAGAAGAAGGCAGUGAUGGGAAAGCCAAAAUUGAGGAGCCUAAGGCUAAAACAGAUUAUUACUUUAAGGUGCCAGAAUGGGAUGUGGACAGUUUCGAUGCGCUUAAGCCAACUGAUCAUUACAAAGGAUUUAGACCAAUGAAUUUGGAGUGGGAAGCGAUUAGGGGUAUAAAAAACUUUCGCGAGUACAGGGAAGAGAUGGUCUAUGUUGUCUCCAAAAACUUAACCAAGACAAGGUUUGAUUUGAAUGUGGAGUUGGUUGAAGUUGUGAGAGGUUAUUAUCGCGGAGGACCUAAAUCGAAGUCAUACAUUACAUUCAUGGUAAGGAAGAAGCCAGAUGGACCUCUUGGUGAGUAUCAAGCCAAGUGUAUGGUCACUUUACACAGAAAGAGGCAUCCCAUCCUCUGUAGGCCGACUCCUACACCAAAGCCAUAA